CCCACACGCAGCACAGUCAUGGCACCGAUAAAAAAGCGCACCACAGCACGCGCAAAGUCCGCCCGCGCCGCCAGGCCUAGCACCACCACGACGCUUCCUCAACCCACAGACAACGUCUCGGCCUUCCCGUCGUCCAAGCGCGACAAGUUGAAGAUCAAGCACUCGUCAUUCGUCUCCAAAAUCGAAAAGUCGUCUGCCAAGACACAGAAACGGCGACGGCCGAAUAAGAAGCUCGUCGCAAACCUCGAGUCGCUGGCUGAUGCGCUUCCCGACGGCGGAGCCGAUGGCGACGUUGAGCUGGGCCAGGCCAGAAUCGUCCAACCAAAGGUGAAGCUGGAGAGCAUGAAGAAGUCAAAGGGGGCGAAGAAGCGCAAGGAGAAGCUCGAGAAGUUGGAGAAGGAGCGAUUUAAUGCGAAUUUAGUGCAGUUGGCGAGUGGCACGCAGGGCGCUACAGCAGUGCAGGAUAGAUGGGCGGCGCUCAAGAACCACGUGCAGAGCAACAUGGAGGUUAGGCCCGAGUUUGGCCAGAAGUGAGAGCGCGUGAUACCCAGCCGAGGAUGCUUAUUCGAAGACAUGUAUGCUGUCGCCGGUAUACAAGUGCGACUCUAUUCAAAAAGUACGAUGAAUACUAU